AUUAAAAAGACACGUUACUCCGUGGGUCCUCUUCAUUGUUUCUCUAUAAAGGACGGACCUUGUUUCCACACCGACCAGUAGUAGCACACACUCUCUCGUCUGCAUGUGAACGAAAUGUUGAAGAGAGCUUUAACUUGGCAAUUUUUCUUCCUUCUUUUCUGUUCUUCAACUGUCAUAGCUUUGGAAGAUGAUGUACUUGCUAUGAGGCCUCUGUUCACCAAAUAUAGCCGGAGAAGCAUUACUUCGACGGAGUUCGGAGAGAUCACAGCCGUGGAAAUCAGUGAUGGCAGCACUGGAGGGACCUACCAACUUCAGUUCAUCACCUUGGAGCCUAACUCGCUUUUCCUUCCUGUACUAUUACACGAAGACAUGAUGUUUUACGUUCUCACAGGGAGCGGGAGUUUGAAUUGGGUUGAUGAAGAGGGCGUGACGAACCAGAUAGACGUGAAGCGAGGUGAUGUCUUUAGAAUCCCUUCGGCUUCAUUUUUCUUUGCGAAGAGCAGCUUGGAGUCGACAAGGGAGAGGCUCAGGAUUUUUGCCAUCUUUGACAAUGCCAAUAAUGCGCAUGAGCUCUCUGUUGGGGCAUACUCGAGGCUGAGCGACCUGGUCUUAGGUUUUGAUUGGAAGAUUCUCCAGUCAGCCUUCAAGGUCUCUCCAGAAAUGAUAGAGGAGAUAAAAAGUGCGGCUAAGCUUCCAGCAAUUCUUCAUGUACCAUCGAAGAAUGAAACAGAACAAACCAAAUGGCAGGCUAGAAUUAUUAAGGCCCUUAUGGGAAGUGGCUCAUAUGAGUUGAACAAAAAGAAGAAAACAAAGAUAUUCAAUUUUCUGAAAGCAAAGCGAGAUGUUGAGAAUGCUAAUGGCUGGAGUGUGACGGUGAACAAAAAGGACUUAAAAGGUUCCAGCUUCGGAGCGUUCAUGGUGAACUUAAGCAAGGAUUCCAUGAUGGCGCCCCAUUGGAAUCCAAUGGCAACGGAGAUAGCAAUUGUAACGCACGGAGAAGGAAUCGUUAGCAUUGUCUGCUCGAGCAGCACAUACGAGUCGUCGUCGGACUGCAAAAACAUGAGGUUUAAGGUCCAAGAGGGAGAUGUCUUCGUUGUUCCACAGUUCCAUCCCAUGGCCCAGAUGUCAUUCAGUAAUGACUCUCUUGUUUUCAUGGGGUUCAGUACAAUGGCAAAGAAAAAUUACCCCCAGUUCCUAGCUGGGAAAAACUCGGUGCUUCAGACAUUAGAUAGAGACAUUUUAGCUCUGUCCAUGAAUGUGUCUAACAAAACAAUUGACCGGCUAUUAUCUUCUCAAUCAGAAUCUUUCAUACUUAGCUGCCCAUCAUGCGCAGAGGAGGAAGAAGCUGCAAUGCAGGAGGAAAUUGAGAGGGAAAGGCAAGAAGAGGAACAAAGGAGGAGAGAGGAGGAAGAAGCUAGGAGGGAAGAGGAGAGAGAGGCAAGAGAAAGGGAGGAAGAGAGGAAAAAAGAGGAGGCUAAGAGGAGACAAGAAGAAGAGAGGAAAAGGCAAGAAGAGGAACAAAGGAGGAGAGAGGAGAGAGAGGCAAGAGAAAAGGAGGAAGAGAGGAAAAAAGAGGAGGCUAAGAGGAGACAAGAAGAAGAGAAGAGGCAACAAGAGGAAGCUAGAAGAAGACAGGAGGAAGCAGCGAAAAGGGAGGAACAGAGGAGAGAGGAGGAAGAAGCUUGGAGGAAAGAGGAGAAAGAGGCAAGAGAGAGGGAAGAGAAGGAGAAGCAAGAACAGGAGGCUAGGAGGAGACAGGAAGAGGAGAAGAGGCAACAAGAGGAGGCUAGAAAAAGACAGGAGGAAGCAGCGAAAAGGGAGCAAGAAGAGGCCAGAAGACAAGAAGAAGAGAGGCAAAAGAAGCAGAAACAGCAAGAAAAAGAAGAGGAAGAGUGGCAAGAACAAGAAGAGGAGGUAAGGAGACAGGAAGAAGAGGCCAGAAGAAGACAGAGGGAAGAAGCAAAAUGGGAGGAAAAAGAGGCCAGUAGACAAGAAGAAGAAAGGCAAAAGAAGCAGAGGCAAGAAGAAGAAGAAGCUCGUAGGCAACAAGAAGAGGAGGCCAGGGGACAGGAAGGAAAGAGGCAGGAGAGACAGAAAGAAGAAGAAGCAGGUCGUUGGCAUGAAGGGCAACAAGAAGAAAUGAAGGCCAAGAGACAGGAAAGAGAGAGACAGGAGAGGCAGAGGCAAGAAGAAGAAGAAGAAGCAUCUCGCAGGCAGAGACAAGAAGAAGAUGCCCGUAGGCAACAAGAACAACAAGAAGAGGAGACCAGGAGACAGGAAGGAAAGAAGCAGGAGAGGCAGAAACAAGAAGAAGAAGAAGAAGAAGAAGAAGAAGCAUCAGCUCGUAGGCAACAAGGGCAACAAGAAGAAGAGGCGGCCAAAAGACAGGAAGGAGAGAGACAGGAGAAGCACAGGAAAGAAGACGAAGAAGAAGAAGAACAGCAACAAGAAGAGGAGGCCAGGAGACAGGAGAGGCACAGGAAAGAAGACGAAGAAGAAGAAGAAGAAGAUCGUAGGCAACACGAAGAGGAAGUUAGAAAAGAAGAGUCGGAGGAAGCCCAAAGGCCAAGGGGAAAAGAAGAACAAGAAGCAAGGAAAGCAGAAGACGAAGACAGAGGACGAAGGGAACAACCAGAGACGGAGGAGGAAGCAGCAAGAAGACAAGAAGAGGAGAGGCAACGAAAGCAGAGAAGGGAGGAAGAGGGUGAUCAAGGCUAUGGUGGUGGAGGCGAAGGAAGAAGAGCCUUGAGAAACAUAAAGAGAAUUGGACAUUACUUCUAAGUGAUCGUCAAAUAUUACUUAUCCAUUACCAUCUAUUUAGCUUAGUUAUAUGCAAAUAAAUCUCUUACCAUGUUUCAGGCUGCUUUUAAUGCUUUUUUUUUUAUGUUUUCUACUUUCAAGCUAUGUAUCUUUUGCCCAAGAAUAAAUAAUUAAGACUAUGUAGGUGCUUCCUUUUAC